AUGGCAGCGCCUUUUGUCUGGAUCGGCGCCUUCCCCGGCACCGCAUCGUUCAUCGACAACCACCAACUCGUCGAUCCCGUCGCCGCCCGGGAAGCCGGACGGCCUUUCCUACCCGUCUACCGGUCUGGCGAUGUCGACGUCGACGCCAACAUCAGAAGAGCCGCCAGCCAUGAUCGCGUCCACGGAACGACAACCAAGCUCACCGACAGAAGUGCUGUCAAGAUCUCGGCCUGUUGA